AUGGGCCAACAACAACUCCAACCAGUAGUAGUAAUACCAAUCAUGAAAGCACAGAUUAAGGAAUUAGGCAUGCAUGGCAGUUUAAGUCGAUGUCGAUUUCGUGGCGUCUGCUGGCGAGUUUUCCUCGAUUGCUUACCGCGUGAUACCUCUAAAUGGAUUACUGCAACCACCAAAUUAAGGAAAAGUUAUGACGAAAUCAAGGAAAAGUAUUUAUUAGAUCCUCAUCAGCAGCAUGGCAAAGACAUAAAUAUUGAUAAUCCACUUUCUCAGGAUAAAGAUAGCGUUUGGUGUCAAUUUUUCGAGCAUACAGAAUUAAUGCAAAUAAUAGAACAAGAUGUAAAUAGAACAUUUCCUGAACUGACGUUUUUUCAAUCAGCAAGAGUAAAAAAUAUCAUGAUGAAUAUUUUAUUUUGUUACUCGCGAGAUAACUCUGCUCUAUCCUAUCGCCAGGGCAUGCAUGAACUACUCGCGCCAAUAAUUUUAACGUUAGAGCGAGAUAUAAUCCAUACAAAAUCCAAAGCAGAAAAUUUAUCUGAUAUCGCUCAACACUUAUUGCAAGAAAAAUAUCUUGAACAUGAUUCAUUUCAUUUAUUCGCGCAAUUAAUGACUGUAGCUGAAUGGUGGUAUUUACAGCCUGAGCGAGAUGAGAUGAGGGAAAGGACUAAGGAUAAGUCUCGCCCUGUCGAAAAUUUAUUGGAUGUUCGACUGUUUAAAUAUGAUCAACAUGGAAGUGAUCUGGAUACUCCAUCUUCUCAUUUAGCAAAGAAAGUCAAUUACAUACAAAAUGUAUUACUUAAGAGGAUAGAUUAUGAAUUAUGUUCUCAUUUGGCAAGAUUAGAUAUAGCCCCUCAAAUAUAUGGAAUCCGUUGGAUUCGCGUUAUGUUUGGUCGUGAGUUUCCAAUGGAUGAUGUCCUAGUAUUAUGGGAUGCAAUUUUCGCUGAUGGAAAACCAUUUUCUCUUGUUGACUACGUUUAUGUUGCGAUGCUAACUUAUAUUAGAAAUUGGCUGUUGGAAAGUGAUUAUGCAACCUGUAUGACAAAAUUAAUGAAGUAUCCUCCAGCUGGCGAUAUCAGCUAUUUUAUAGAUAAAGCUCUAUACGUACGAGAUCCUUCUAACAAUAUGAAACCACCUCAGUACGAGUAUGGAGCUACAGUUAAAAUUAGUAAAAAGGAAGUUCAAAGUAAUACCUCUAACGCUAAGACUGAGCGAAAAUUUCUAGCCUCAUAUCACGCUAAGACUCGUAAUACAAGUGAUAGCAAGAAUAAGGAGGUAACUACUAAGCAAAAGGAGACUUCGCUUUCUGUUGUUAUGAAAUCGCAUAACACCAAGCCUAUCAACAUCAAGAGCACUCGAGAUAGACUGUCAAAGGGCGAAGAUGACGUUUUUCUGUCUCACAGUGAUAUUGAAAGCGAUUUAUGUAUAAUUUCUCAUCCGACAAAUACGAAAACAGAACAAACUCCUCGAGUGUCGAAACCAAGGAGCAUUUCGUUCUCACGUAAAAGAUCUGGAUCAGAAAGAAAGCGAUCUACAUCGACAAGCGAUCCCAUUGACUUAAACCUUAAGACAAAAUUUGAAGACUUGAAGAUUAUGUGUAAAUACUGUUCAUCAAAAAUGGAUUCCUACAUAGAGAGUUUACAACAAGAAAUGCAACUACUAUCUAUGGGAGAUAGAGAAGAUAAAAUCUUAUUAGCGGUUGCUGGCUUGAAAAAGGUUCGAGACAUUCUGAAGGGUACAUUACCAUUUGCUGGAUCACCAAUAGAACCAGAUGAUGUCAUAGAUACUGACAUUUUAGUUCCUGCAGCAAGAGUAGCUAGCCGUACACCCAGUCCUAGUGAAGAAUUUGAAAGCAGUAUUGACGUUGACGCUGAAAAGGAAGAUCUUAAAGAACUUGUUGAUUCUUCCAGUACAGCAACUGACGACAUCAACUCCCAUAAUUGA